AUGGCUGCUGCUCAGGAUCUCUGCGCUGAACUGACUUGUCCCAUUUGCCUGGACUAUUUUGAGGACCCCGUCACCUUGGCCGAAUGUGGGCACAAUUUCUGCCGGACCUGCCUGACCCAAUCCUGUGGAGAAGGGGGGGAAAAAGCUGCCUGUUCACAGUGCAGAAUAUGCUUUCAAAUAGAGAACCUCAUUACAAACCGACAGCUGAGGAACAUGGUGGAGAUUGCCAAGAAACUGCAGGAGGAGAGAGGGACAGGAGGGGAUCGCCUCUGCGAGAAGCACCAGGAGCCCCUGAAGCUGUUUUGCAAAGAGGAUGAAGUCCUCAUCUGUGUGGUGUGUGACAGAGCCAAGGCACACAAGAACCACGAGGUCGUUCCUCUGGAAGAAGCUCCCCAGGACUACAAGACAAAGAUUGCAAGUUAUCUGAUGAGUCUGAAGAAAUUGCAAGAGGAAAUGUGUGCGUUUAAAACACAGACAGACGCAGAAAGCCAAAUUCUGCUUAAGCAAACAAAGGCAGGCAGAGAAAAGACUGUGGCUGCAUUCAAACAGCUGCACCAGUUUUUGGAAGAACAAGAGAAGCUCCUGCUCUCUCAGAUGGAAGAGGUGGAGAAGGAGAUUGCAAGCAAAAGGGACGAGCAUAUGGCCAACCUGUCAGAGGAACUCUCUAGUCUUGAAAAUAUCAUCAGGGAGAUGGAGUUGAAGUGUCUUCAGCCAGCAAGUGAAUUUCUGCAGGAUAUUAAAAACACACUGCAGAGAUGUGAAGCAAGAAAGGAGUUCAGGAAACCUGACAUUUAUCCUCUUGAGCUGAAGUGGAAGAUCUGGGACUAUGGAGAUAUAGCUCUGUUUCUGGAAGGUGCCACGAAGCAAGUCAGAGGUAAAGAAAAUGCCUCCAAGAAUAAGGAACCUGUGAACAUUUAA